UUUGUGGUCAUUUUCGCUUUUGCCCCGCUGCAGAAAGAUGCUCGCGAUGAAGAAGCUCGUGGCCGCGCUCCCCGCGCGCCAGCUCCGCGCGUCCUCGACCGCCAGCCUCCAGUGGGCCAAGGACAUGAACAAGCCGCUCAAGGAGACGGACCCAGUCCUCUUUGACAUCAUCGAGAAGGAGAAGCAGCGCCAGCGCAACUCGGUGAGCUUGAUCGCGUCCGAGAACUUCACGUCGCGCUCGGUCUACGACGCCCUCGGCUCGGUCAUGUCCAACAAGUACUCGGAAGGGUACCCGGGCCAGCGCUACUAUGGCGGCAACAAGUACAUUGACCAGGCCGAGCUUCUCUGCCAAGAGCGCGCGCUCCAGGCCUUCAACUUGAACCCGGAAGAGUGGGGCGUGAACGUCCAGUCGCUCUCGGGGUCGCCGGCCAACUUCCAAGUCUACACGGCGCUUCUCCAGCCCCACGAUCGCAUCAUGUCGCUCGACUUGCCCCAUGGCGGCCAUCUCUCGCAUGGUUUCCAGACGGGCACCAAGAAGAUCUCGGCGACGUCCAUCUUCUUCGAGAGCAUGCCGUACCGCUGCGACGAGUCGACGGGCUUGAUCGACUAUGACACGCUCGAGAAGAAUGCCGAGCUCUUCCGCCCCAAGCUCAUCGUGGCUGGCACGAGUGCGUAUGCGCGCCACAUUGACUACGCGCGCAUGAAGCAGAUCGCCCAACAGAACAAUGCGAUUCUCUUGGCCGAUAUGGCGCACAUCUCGGGCCUCGUCGCCGCGGGCGUCGUGCCGUCGCCGUUUGAGUACGCCGACGUGGUCACGACGACGACGCACAAGUCGCUCCGUGGUCCCCGCGGCGCCAUGAUCUUCUACCGCAAGGGCGUCCAGAGCGUCGACAAGAAGGGCAAGGAGAUCAAGUACGACUUGGCGUCGCGCAUCGACUUUACGGUCUUCCCGGGUCUCCAGGGCGGCCCGCACAACCACACGAUCUCGGCGCUUGCGACCGCGCUCCUCCAGGCCCAGAGCCCGUCAUUCAUUGCGUACCAGAAGCAGGUGCUCGCCAACUCCAAGGCGCUUGCGGGCCGCCUUAUGGAGAAGGGCUACACGCUCGUCUCGAACGGCACGGACAACCACCUCUGCCUCGUCGACCUCAAGCGCUCCAAGGGCAUUGAUGGCUCGCGCGUCGAGUUCCUCCUCGAAAACGUCAACAUGGUCAUCAACAAGAACACGGUGCCGGGCGACAAGAGCGCGCUCGUGCCCGGCGGCAUGCGCCUCGGCGCGCCCGCCCUCACGACGCGUGGCCUCACGGAAGAGGACUUUGUCCAGGUCGCCGACUUGAUUGACGAAGGCGUCAACCUCGCGGUCGCGAUCAGCAAGAAGGUCACGGGCAAGAAGGUCCAGGACUUCAAGGACUACAUCACGGCCGGCAACGCGGCGACGGACAUCGAGGCGCUCGAAGCCAAGGUCACGUCGUUCAUGCGCAGCUUCCCCACGAUCGGCUUCGAGGAGGAAGACAUGACGUACCGUGAUUAGAUGGAAGUCGCCUAGAUGUACAAACAGAAUGACCUCGUCGUGCGUCUCGUACCUCCACCAA